CAAGAUGGCGGACGAGACAGAAAUUUUUAUCGAAUGUUCUUUGAGAGAGAAGUUAAUUGGAUAUUCUAAGUCAAGUGAAAACACCAGUAAAGUACUUUUUCUCUAUGGCAAUGUUUAUGGCACUUCAAUCCAUAUAACCGGCUGUAUAAAUUCUACAAUACUAAAAGUGUCUGUUGGUAGACAGUCGUUUGAGUGCGACUUCAUCCCUAGAGGGAUUCAGUUUCUUGGGAUAUGUUAUUUUAAUUCAAAAUUUAAAGAGAUAGAUUUAAUACCUGCAAAGGCCCUUCUAAAAGAUUUAUUGACAGAGAAACCAAAUGAAAGAAUUCAUGAACAACUUUUGUUAUGGCAACAUUGUCUUGACACAAGCAAUGAUUAUGGCAUAGUGUAUGACACAAGCAACUCUAAGCUUGCCGAGUGUCAAUUGAACUUUGACAGUUACUUAGAAAGAUUCUCACAACAUUUACUGGCAUUUAGAAUACAAACUACUUUUGAUGUCUGUGUGGAAAGUAAAUUCAAAGCUCUUAAUCACAAGAUAAACAAGCUUGCUAUAGAGCUGCAAUCUGAAUCCACAACAUACCUUGUCAAAGACUUCAACAUGUUUUUAAAUUGUGAGGCAAGUAAAGAUCAGAUCGAGCAGUCUUGUACAGACCUGCUUGGUUUAGYGGAUGAUUCAAAUGGUCUGGAAGCCUCUUCACCAGAAAAUAGGAAAACAAAAUCCAGGAAAAACACUUCAAAAAAUAGCAACAAGACAUCUGUAAUUAAGGAUGCAGUAGAUGUUAAGAUACUAACCAAAGUAUCCAUGUCACCAGCUACUUAUAAAGACAACUCAAUGACUCCUAUCAUUUGUUAUGGAGAAGAAUGUGGUACUGAUAUUUCACUGAGUCUGCCUGUUGAUGUUGUUGUUAUGGUAACUAAAAGCACUAAAGUCAGUGAGCUGCCAAGAUUAUUCACCUCAGCAGUUUCUCAGCAGUUGAAGCAAAUACAGAAUGUUAUCCAAGGAUUCUCAAAGGAUGACAAUUGGUGCGUACCUAGACCAUAUCACUUCAAACUGCCAGGAUCAUCACACUAUGUUACUAUUCUUUAUCCUGAGAUUGAUAGCCAUGGACAAGGGAUUGAUGAGCAAACACUUGAGUUGUACAGAACAGAGAUUCACAAGCAUUUCUUGUUGCCGCUUAACAAGCCUUUAAUAAGAAUUUGCAAUCGAUAUACUUUUGAAAAAGACAGAAAACCAGAGSUGUAUCUCAUCAACCCUCAUGCUGGUAUCUCAUCCUCAGGACUGUCGGGUGGUACGCUUGGUUUGGUUGAUGGUCGCUACUCUUAUCACCACUACAUGCAAGACAACUUUAAUGAUGAUAAAUGGGGAUGUGCUUACCGUUCACUACAAACUAUCUUUUCUUGGUUUCGACAUCAAGGCUAUACGACUAAACCUGUCCCAAGCCACAAGCAAAUACAACAAGCUUUGGUUGACGUUGGCGACAAGAAAUCAAACUUUGUUGGCUCAAGGCAGUGGAUAGGCUCUUUUGAAGUCAACCUCUGCUUGGAGCAUUUGUUAGGCAUAACUUCCAAAAUCAUGUUUGUGAGCUCAGGUGCUGAAAUGAGCAGCAAAGGAAGAGAGUUGUUGUAUCAUUUCCAGACUCAAGGAACUCCGAUAAUGAUUGGCGGUGGUGUUCUUGCACAUACCAUAAUAGGAGUAGACUACAACCAACAAACAGGAGACAUCAAGUUCUUGAUUUUGGAUCCUCAUUACACYGGCAGUGAAGACCUCAAGAUUGUGCUAGACAAGGGUUGGUGUGGUUGGAAGGGACCUGGAUUUUGGGAMCAACAAGCUCACUACAAUAUGUGUAUGCCUCAAAGACCCGAUGUGAUCUAAAUUAGGUAAAACAGGGAAUGAAUGAAAAACUAACAACAAAAAUAAACAAACAAUAAUGUAAAAAAAUACAUAAAUUAUAAUAACUCAACUACAAAACCAAACCAAAGAAAAAUAGCAAACAGGCAAGGAGCAGAUAGAGAAAGAUAAACUUAAUGAGCAAUGAAAAAAUGAGCAAUGAAAAAAUGAAACGAAAUAAACAUUCAAAUAAUCAUACAGAGACAAAGAAAAGAAGUGAAAUCAUGUUUAGAACACAUCAAAUGUAAGAGAUAUAUGCUAUCGGCUUAACAGUUAUUUAUUUAAAGAUUAAAAUCAAAUAACUUCUAAUUGACAAUAAAUCAAAACAUAACAAGAUGUUGAUAAACUUUAGUGCGUUUAUUCUUCGUACAACAAUACUCUAAUAAUUUCACAGUUUUAUCAGAUCGAUCACCAUUAUUUACAAAGUGAUGAAGUCAGUUUCCGUUACCAACAUAUAAAGAAAUAUAGUCGGGUUGCAUUUUAUGCAAUUUUGUGAUAUUAUCGUGGUGUCGAAUCACUUUACGUUGCGAAAACCCAACCUUCGUAAAUUAAGUAACGAUAUUUUGUCUUUAGACUGAGCUCUCGGACUUGAGGGUUGAGUUUUGGUCACCUUAGGUUGAGUAACUAGCCCGCCUCAUUUGUUGAAUUAUACCACAAUUUCAAUUUGCUGAAAUUGACGACAACAAAAUUUAUUUUCCACCUAUAUUUUAAUAUUUUAUUUAACAAUUUCUAUCAGGAUCAUUAUAUGAUUUACAUCAUCGUGAUUUUAUUUCUGUUAYGUGCUAAUACUAUUUUCUUUUAAAUUAAAACAAUAAAAAUUUCUUAUCAGAGAAAUUSUAAGAAUUUCAAAGCAACUUAUUUCUAAGAGUUUUAAUUGGUGCCAGAGCGUUCAUCUAGAUUUUCAGUCCUGCCAGUGUGCUCAUGUGGAUCUCCGAUGAUCAASUUCGAUUCAAUAAUUGUAACCAAAAGAGAAUGAGCCUCAUAGUUCUACCUUAUUGUAACUGAAUGUAUAAGAUAAAGUCUAUUUUCUGAAAAGAAAGAAAAAAUAGGAAAGAUUAUCGAGUGUUAUAAUUCUCUUUGACCURCAUCGUAGUUCGAGCAGGGGAUGGGUGGGAAUUGGACUUGUGGGAUUGGUUGUCACUGCACGUGUGUGUACUUAUAAAACCAUUACCACAAUGAAACUCGUAUAUUUCCUUAUCAGUGCCUUGCCURACCAACCUCCUGCUUUCAAGGCCAAGCAACCAACCCCUUUCCUAAAUGCUUUUCAAAAUACGUCACUACCACUGGCCUGUGUAGCUUUAUAGUAUUUUUAGACAACUAGACCUAAGUCUGACCAUACUUGGGAAUCAUUCCACGCAUUGAUUAAUCCAGGAGGAUAAGCGAGUUAAUGAUGGGAUUAAACCACAAAAUGAGAGACAAAUCCCAACAUGUCUGACCUUUUUGUAAAGAAACGUUUGUCUUAUGAAUAGUUCCGGUUUAGCUUCGCAAGUAAAGYAAGUAAAGUGGUCAUUCAGUAGCUACCAUUACAAGUGCUUUUUUAGUGAUACGGCAUGGUUCUGUGCUAUAUGUGUAUUUACGAGGCAGAGGCGAGUUUUUUUGUGUGUUUUCAUUCUGUCUGAGUUUCUUCAACUGAAGAAAAUACUUGGAUACAACAAUUACAUAACCAACAAUGAAGCAUGUAAAAUCAAUCUGCCAUUUUUGAACAUUUUUUCAGUGUCAAAUUACCGCUUGUUAGUACAGACAAGAAAUGCGUGGUUUACCAGACGGGAGGAACAAACCGCUGUUAUUGUGCCGCUAUGACGCAAAUGGUGACGUCAAAGGUCUAUUAGAAUACUUCAAGCUAAAGGGUCAAGUGUGCCGAUAAAACAAAAUCUACAGAAAGAACAUUUUCAGCGAGGCUUAGAUAUUGCUUUAGAAGGUCAAAAAUUGCAGUUUCUAAAUCUGUUCCSUUCAGCAGGAAAAUAUUUUCUACUAAAAGUGAGAUGUUUUAACCAUUAUAUUAUUGUAAUUCCCAUUAAUGCGUUAAGAAAUUCCAUGAUUUGCCAAAUGGAACUACAAUGAAAUUAUUUUGAAAAUUA